UACACAAUCAGUUUGCCCAGGACCACCGUCGAGUGCGGUCGUGUUUUUUUCCCGCUCCCCAAGUCUCUAGUCCCAGUGUGCUGAACCGGCGGAACCCCGGAAGAAGAGAGUGUGGGAUUUCCUCCUGGUGAAGACCGUCUUCAAGGAUAACUUGAAGCUUUUGGCGCGGAUUUUUUGGCAAAGUGUCGGCGACGAAGUCGUAGAUUUGCGUUCAAGUGGUGGGUGGUGUGAGAGAGUGUUGGUGCGAGCGACCAGCGUUGACCGGAUUUGCCGGGGACGGAGAUUUACGCUACGAGGUCCUUGGAGUGAUUCCCAAAGGAUUCGCUCUUAAACUCUGUCUGCGUCUCUUUACAACUUUGCUCUAAGGUUGGGGGUUAAGGUGUGAUUCCGGGAAGCAGUAGUAGUGUCUGCUGUAGUAAAACUGAUAACAAAAAGUUUCCGAAAGUUUUCCAAAGUAACUUCCGGACAAAAGAUCAGGGGAGAAAAGGUUAUCAACCAAAUCUACACAAAUUCAACGAAGCGAAGCGAAACUUUGAAACAAUCCUUUUUUGUCCGAAAAAUUCCUGGAAGUGGAAAUUGUUUCACAGUGUACAAAAGCUGAAGUUAAAGUGGAAAAGUGCCAAAGCGAAACAGAGUGGAAAAGUGAAUAACAUAAAAUAGGAAGGAAAAAAAACCGGGUACGCGGGAAAUUGGAAAAGUUGAAGCCGGGUUUGAGUGAGGGAGGAGAAAGUUGGUCUCUGUGUUUUAUAUUUUGCUGCUGCCUGCUCAUCGUCAUCACCAGGAUCAAGGACCUGGUCUCCUGAAUCUCCGGGUCGUCCCAUCGUUGAAACUUGCUGUGCCCAAGUGUCAACCUUGUGAAGCAUAAAAAAUCGAGUGCUUUUGGCACGUAAAACUCUCAACUGUACUUCAAAGUUCCAGCGGGAAAAGUUGCCGGUGUGGCUGCUGUUGAUCGGUAAGGUGACGAGCGAUCCGACGAAACUUUGCGUACCCUUACCACGGCUUAAAUCGUUCUCUCUAUUGACGAAAAAUCAAUAAUUAUUGGUGAUUGGUGCAGUCAAAGAAGAAAGCAACGUCGUCGUCCAGCUGGAGAGGAGCUUUUUCCUGAGUCCCGAAAAGAAAGGAGGUUAGAGGAUUACAGCUUAGGGGAGAAUUUUGCCAUGUCUUCGGAAUAAUCAGUAAGAUUAACUGAAAGGCUGGUCAACUUUCACCACUAGCAGAUCCCCCACUCCUUACAACGCUCCAUAGCCAGUCCCCCCGCUUGUGUCACUCACAGUGGACACUCCGAGAGGCCCCCGGGAUACGGCCGGAGAAUAAAACUUGAUCAAAGUCCGCUCCACCCCUCGUUGUGCUUUAAUUACUACUGAGAGAGAGAGCGAGACUUGCCCCAGUGGAAGUGACGAACCCCUCGGCAGAGGCAAGGAAGGGAAGGAGCAGUUCUUCGGAUAGCCCCCGUAGUACACACAAACGCCGCACCACGCCGCCACCGACAGGACCGGGACCGGCUUCCGGCAUGAAGGGGCGCCAUCUGCGGCGGCGGUUCAGCCUGCAGCCGUCGUUCAUGAAGGAUGACAGCACGGAAGAUAAACCCAAGCGGGAAAAACCGCUGAAAAACGACGAAAAUUCGAUCAACGCCAACGUGCGGCACAAGAUUGUCGUGAUGGGGGCGGCCAAGGUCGGCAAAAGCUCGCUGAUAACGCAGUUCCUGUACAGUACAUUCUCGCCCAAGUACAAGCGCACCGUCGAGGAGAUGCACCACGGGCACUUUUCGGUGGGCGGGGUCAACCUGACGCUGGACAUCCUGGACACGUCCGGCUCGUACGAGUUCCCCGCGAUGCGGGCCCUGUCCAUCUCAUCGGCCGAGGCGUUCAUCCUGGUGUACGACAUCACCGACAGUGGAACCUUCGAGGAGGUCAAAGCGAUCCGGGAACAGAUCCACGAGAUCAAAUCCACCACCGCCGUUCCAAUCGUGAUCGUCGGCAACAAAACCGAUCUCGCGGACGACGACGACGACAUUCGACAGGUUUCCCGCGGCACAACGGAAUCGAUGAUAACCGUCGACUGGGAGAACGGCUUCGUCGAGGCUUCGGCCAAGCUGAAUCGAAACGUUUCACAGAUCUUCAAAGAACUCCUCGCGCAGGCCAAAAUCACCUACAACCUGAGUCCGGCGCUGCGCCGACGGCGACGUCAGUCGCUUCCCCAGCAGGCCAGCGGAACCAGCACGGGGCCGUCGACCCCGCAGCAGACCGCCCCGCCGGUGGCACCGGUUCACGUUCCGUCCGCGGCCCAGCUCGCGCACCUGCAGCAGAUCCAGGACAAGAGCCUCGGCGGCAAACGAAACUCGUGCAUUUUGUCUUAAUAGAGUGGUUUCUUAGACAGAGAAAAACUAAGCCACUUGGUUCAAAAUCGUGCGCUGUAAUUCCAUGCAGGCAUGUUCAGGACGAGUUUGAACCAAAUGGACAAUUUCCCCCCAGAAAGGAAAACCUUAAUGUUACAAAUUAUUCCGAUGUUCCAAUAAUAAUGGCAAAAUAAUAAAACAUGUGCAACCGAAGCGGGAAUUCCGAGCUAGCGUUUAAAAGUAACAAAAUAGUAAAGCAUAUAAAUUUGCAACGUGUUUUCUGUCAUCGUAAGCCGUUUAAUACCAAAACUAAAAACCAACAGCAACAACAAAAAAAAAACUUGAUUCGAUGUUUGUGGCGUAACUUUGUUGAAAUUGCAAUCAUUAUUAGGGUCGAACGAAAUAGUGGACGCACCAGCGCAGUAUGUAGCUAAGAAGAAGAAGAAGUUUGUAAAGUAGCAAUGUGGAGUAUUACGGGUAAUCCAAAAACAGCAAACAAAAACACACACUGGAGAUGUAUUCCAAGAAACAAAACAGAAAUAGAAACCAAAAACUAUAAAAAGAUGGACCCAGAUCGAUGGAAAACUUAAUCUACUUGUUGAAAGGUGUUUAGGAUCAUUAUGUUUUCAUCAUAAAUCUAUUGCAAUAAACUGCUUAAUUUUGGAUAACUUUUUUCUUUUUUGAAACAUAACUGAAUGUUACCAAACAAAUGAAUACCGUAAAAUUCCGAAUGUUUGAUAACUCCAACUAAAAAAAGAAUAUUUAUGAGAACUUGUGAGCGAGGCAAAGAAAAAGAGCGAUAGAAUAAGUAAAAGAGAGAGAAUAGAGAACGGUAGAAAAAAUACACAAUGUUAAAAUGAUAACUAGAGCGUCCAAUUUCCCGGGGUUACAAAAUUCCCGGGAAACGGGAAAUUUUCAACAAAUUUCCCGGGAAAUCCCGGGAAUUCCCGGGAAAUUUGGAAUUUAACGAAAAUUAUUCUAAUCCUGUUUCUGAUUAAUCUUUUGCAAAGAAAUUGUAUAGAACAGCAACUUUAAUGGUCAAAAUGAGUGUGAGGAUCAAUUAAUGGCUUGACUGCUUGUUAAAAAUCAUGCAACUUUGAGAAAAUAUUUAAACUUUCUAAUUAUUAAAUCUUUCAAAUCGUUCCAAAUGAUAGAAAAUAUUAUUAGUAUUUUUGUUGAGAAGGAUUUAUUUAAAUCAAAGUGUUUGGAUAGUGAAAAUUUAUGCUCCGCAACCAUAAAAUUGCUUUUAAAUUUGUCUCUUGUUAUAAUUAAAAAACCAAAAAAUUCAAGUUGUGAAUAAAUAAAUAAUCUUUAAAAAUCUAAUUCCUAUCGCUUUUUAACUUGAAACACUAUUUCAUGAAAUCACAACUCAAAGUUUUCAAAUAUUUGGAGCGAGUUUUUGAAAUAAAGUUCCAUUCUUUGAGUAAAUUUCAUAUGAUAUGAAGUUGUUUUUAAAGGUUUUUCAUGGUUUUAUGAUAUGAUUUUAGUUAUAUGGUAUUCAGUCUAAUAAAUUAAUUAGAUUAAAAUAAUUUUGAGUAUUUAAAAGUGGUUGAAAUUCAACGAUAUUUUUUCAUAUAUAACCCUCUUACGCCCUUGGUAGCUCACGUGCUUCAUAAAUUUAUAACUUCAAUCUGCAAUUUCUCGAAUACUUAGAAACGAAUUCUUCUCACACAUUUUUUUUUAAAUUUUAUUAUGUCAGUUCAAUUUCCAUUCAACAUGUUCAAGGUAAAAAAAAGUCAAGCAAAUCUCAAUGUUGAUCUUGGUCAGAAGAUGUAAAUAUCUUAUUUUCAAAAGAUAUUACAAAAAAAAAAUUAAAAAAGGUUGUCAAAAAUAAAAUAGUUUAUUUUCAUUCCAUAACAGCGUAAGUUUUGUGGUCCAAAAUAAAAGCAAACAAUAUUCCUAGUGAUGAAUGCUUCAGAAAUAAAUAUUAUCUGAAUUAAACCUUGACAUGAAAUUUACAGACAAGCUGAUUAGUUCAAUAUGAACAGUAGAUGGAAAUAAAUAAAAUCAAAUCAGGUUCUCCAAUUAUUAUUUUUUGUUUAAUUUCAAAACAUUGGUGCCAAAAAGGUAGGAAAAUGUAAACUUCUGCUUGUAUUUCGGGAAUUCCCGGGAAAUUUACAAAUUUCCCGGGAAACGGGAAAUAUUUUUUUCCGGGAAAUCCCGGGAAUUCCCGGGAAAUUUUUUCCCGGGACGGGAAAUUGGACGCUCUAAUGAUAACAUAAUGUCCAUAUUUGAAAACGUGGGUUUUAUAGAAAACCAAGAUGUUUGGGUAUCAAAAGGUCGCCCUUUCCGAUCCGGCACAUGGAAAAACUUGUAAAAUGUAGACCGUUUCGGAUGCCGGCAAAUUUUCGACAACGUAAUUUCGCGUUGGUACGAAAUUCCAACUAAAAAUCAUGUUUUUCGAUGCAAAAACCCAAAAACUAUGUUAUUUCCACUCCAAAAUGUUUAUUUAGAUUAAGGCUACCAACUCUUGCUGAGCAAAAAUCCGUAUACUUUACCGACAUGACACCAUGGUAUUACAAAAAAUGUCAAUGAAUUAUUUAGAUAAAUUUGGAAAUUAGAAAUAUUUUUGUUAAACGUUUAAAAGUUUACAAAAUAUCAAGUUUGCUUAUACGAAUAAUAUCGUUAUCAGUGUUUGCACGAAAACAUUUCUAGAGCUUUUAUUGGAAAGGUCCUAUAAAUACAAGCACAACACAAGGUUUUCACAAGCUUUAGAAAGCCUUUUGAUCUUUUAUUUAAUGAAUAUGUUUUGUAAGGAAUUUGAAAAGAACAAUUAUUGACAAUCAAGUUUGAACUGAGGAAAACUCGAAAAUUAUGCAAGUUAUCCCUUUAAAAUCAAACUGACAGUUAAAUAAAAAUGUCUAAUUAGCAAAAGCUUUGACCCAAUCAAAAAAGCAAUGAAUUUUUUAAAAAGUUGUUGGAAUUCCGUACAAAUCCGUACUAUGCGAAAAAUUCCGUACAUAAAAUCCGGCAUGUUCAAAAUCCGCGGAGAGGGUCGAAAAUCCGUACGGUAAGGAAAAAAUCCGUACAGUUGGUAGCCUUAAUUUAGAUCAAUUAAAAAAUUGAAAGAUUAAAUUUAGAUAAGUUUUGCCUUCCUCACCUCAAUGAGGAAAGACUAUGCAAUCACUCAAAAAAUUAACUUCUUUAUUCGACGUCGUAGAUCCACCUUCACGUUUACCUAUCGACUCAGAAUCAAAUUCUGAACAAAUGUCUGUGCGUGUGUCUGGAUGUGAGUCCGUGUACCGAAAAAUAUGCACACGAUUAUCUCCGGACUGGCUGAACCGAUUUGGACCGUUUUAGUCACAUUCGAUCCGUCUUAGGAUCCCACAUGACCCUAGUUAAUAUUAUGAAGUUUGGAAAAGUACUUCAAAAGUUAUGCUAAAAAAACGAUUUGGAUGGAAAUCGAAAUAUUGUAAUAAAGGGUGGUUUUUGCACGAGAACCCGCCAUGCUAUACAUUGUUAGAAAGGUAUUUGAAAGACCUUUCCAACGCGUCCAAAAGAUUGAAGAUCUGACAACCCCAUCAAUAGUUAUGAGCACUUAAGUGUUAUUUAUACACUUUUUUGAGGCCGGAUCUAAAAUAUUUUGAUGAAAAAGUUGUCCGGAUCUAUCAUGCGACCCAUCGUUGGAUAGUUAAUCAAAAGACCUUUCCAACAAGCCCAAAAGAUUGAAGAUCUGACAAGCCUAUCAAAAGUUAUAAGUACUUUAGUGUUUUUAAUACACUUUUUUUGAGGCCGGUUCUCAGAUAUUAUGAUAAAAAUAAGUAUUAUUUAUACAAUUUUUUUAGGCUUUGUGGUAUAUUCACUUUAUGAAUGCGAGGAAGGCACCAACCACCUAAAGGUGGAUUAAGUAACGUUUUUUAAUAAAAUUUUCAGAGUCAUAUGAACUUUUAUACGAAAUUAACUUUAUAUUCAACUAAAUAUUUUUUUAAUCAGUCAAGGAUACUUAUUUGAAGUUAGGACUUUGAAGCAAUGGUGAUUUAAAUAGAAUUAAAAGCUUUUGUACAUUCGACCUGAUGUUUUUCGACCAUUGGUCAAACUUUCUUCAGAAAUAUGUCAUUUAUAUAGUUAAUUUAAAGCUAAAAUCUUAAUUUUUGUAUGCAUAUUUUACAUUAAUACUUUCAAUUAAUUUUUUUUAUUUUUUUCAAAUAUAUUGUCCGUUACUGUGAAGUUUAAAGUUCGCAACUGUGGACAAAGAUAGAAAUUAUUUUUAAAGCUGGUCAACACCAACCGUUUUAGCGAAAUGCAAAUUAAGAAAAUUGGAUAUUUUGUGGUUCGAAAGCUCCCAAAAUGAUAAUUUGAUGUCGCUUUAGAGGGGUCAAAUAAUCGGAAUUUUACUGUUUAGAAAAUAUUGAUUGCAUCAAACUGUGCCAACCCUACCAACAAAAUAAUGUUUAACUGUUACAGCUAAAAUUUUAACCACUAAAAUGCGCACAUUUCUCAAAAGUUUACUCACAUCCCGUUUUUUCACGACUUGCUAAAAACAUCAAAAAGUUUGUUCAUAAAAAAACAAAAGUUGAAUAUACUGCGAUGCAAUAAAGAAUAAAUUAAAUCUACACAAAACAAAAUCUAAGCUAAACGAAUGAAUGUCUACAAUGUCGGAACGAACAGUGAACGAAGGUAUCGAGUUAAGCCAUGAAGAAAUAACACCACGUUAAGUUACAUGUAAGGAUGUAAUUUGAUAAACAACAACCUAAUAUCUAAAUAAUUACAAGUAAUGCAUACUGUAGUAAACAUUAGUUGUUACAUUAUCUAAUCAAAACUAUUGAACGCGCUAUAGCUGUUGAGAGGCAACACACUUCAAACCAAGUUACUUUGCAAUGUUAAUCACAAACAAAACAGAUCAGAUCAAAAUGUGCUAAAUUAUUACCUUAAAACAAAACAAAAAAACUAUUAGAAUAUUGAGUGGAGGACAAAUA